GUGCUAACAAUUCUAGAACAACUGAUAAUUGCAAGCACAAUCGGUCGGGUAUGGGUACUGGAUCCAGCUCGAGUCACUGAGUGUCGUCAGCAAUUCAGUUGUCUACUCGAGCAAACAUUGUCUGCGCCAAUAAUUGAUGUCUGUGUUGAUCAAUUCGUUAGCGGAACUCAACAAAAUUUCAUCGCCAUUCUCUUCCCACAUAAUCUUACCAUCUAUCGCCUUGUUUCCGAAAAUGACUGUCAUGAAUUGGUGGUACUACACGAGCAUAAUGUGAAUGGUGUUGCAUAUAACAUGUGUGUUGGUAAUUUUGGACAUUCGACCACAUCACAAAUAUGUGUCCAAAAUAUAAAUUGUUCAUUAUCAAUAUUCGAAUUAGAACAUCACUUAUUCGAGCGAAAUAUUUUAUCAAAUUUACAUCCUGGUCCUAUCAUAUACGCACCACAAUCAGAUUCAAUCAUCACUGCAUCCGAUUCAAUUCUUUCAUCCACUAAAUUUUCAACUCUUGCGGCUGCCUCCAACACGACACAUGGCAAAAAGCUAAACCCUGACUGGACAUUUAAUUUGGGUGAAUGGCCGUUGGAUGUUUCUGUUAUUGAUACAACACCCGUACAGCCGUCAAUUGUUGUCCUUUGUAAACGUUCUUUGCUGUGUUUCACUCACGGUGGUACACUGAGGUUCUCGAUACGCUUACAGUGUAUCGCAACUGCAUUACUCGUUUACAAUUCUAGUGAGCGUUUCACUAUUAGUUUCUUAUCAUACUUGAACGUAAAAAUCGAAUUUUCAGCAUCAGAUGCGUAUAUUCAAUUAUGCAUUGCUACUACAACGAAGACGUUACUCUUCUACGCUGAUAACAUCUUAAUAUGGGCAGCGCAAUUGACUGAUGAACCAAUUCAGUUGAAUCUUUGCUCAUUUGGCACAGUUUAUCGCUCAAUGUUGGCAAUUCUCUCAGAACGACGGCUGUCAAUUAGUUACUUGGGCACAGAGCCAUCCCUCUUCCGGUUACCAGCCUCACAAACACGUUUCAUCGACUUUCAAGAACGUCAAAUCGAAUUCUCGAAUUUAGAAACUGCAAUACGCAAGAAACCGUCUGAUGUGUUUGCUAACUGUAAGUCAUUUACAGGUGUUGAAAAUCGGUGUGGAUUACGUUUUGAAUGCAAUUUUAACGGCCUAGAUGAAAAAUCCAUGGCUCGUGACGUGAAUGAAGAAACUCCAUCAUUAACAACUGACAUCAUGGUGAGCACUGAAACGCCAUUAAACGAUGUACGCAUCAUGUGCAGAACUCAAUUUUUUGCUGAACAAAAAUAUUUCGUUAUUGCAAAUAUCCGUUAUCAACCGAUCACUGAUUUGAGAUGUCAAUUUCUUCUCUUUUCCGCAUCAAAUGCGCUGUUUGCAGGUGAAUUAUCGACUAUGCAAAUUAAACUUCCACUCGCUCUGAUGUGCCGUGCUACAGGAACACAACGUAACGUACAGUACAAAUUAACGUUUGAGUCUUCGGAAGCAUCGCUCGAGAUUGGCGAACUCUUUCCAGAAUUUGAAGCAGAACGAAGUACGUCGAUUGCAUUACAACCAAUACUCUCGGAUUGGAUUGUUUCCAUUUUUGUGUCACAAAAAUCAAGACGUUAUCGCAUUCAAUCAGAUUCAUUGGAUGCACUAUAUGUUUUUACUGACGAGUUCAUUUCACGAAUAAAACAGAAACAAGAGAACGUUAUUUUAACUUGUUCACCGCCAAUCGAUCAUAUUCUGCAAAGAUUGAAUCUUUGUGCAGAGCUGGAACGAAGACGGACGAACGAUGAGAUCGAGCUCGAAAGAGCCAGUACUCAAUUACGCGGUGCACAAGCGUCAAUGCUCGCUAAACUAAAGGCGCCUCGACCUUCGUCGAUAGCGCAUCUUGAUUCACUCAUGCAGUAUUCACAUACACAGUUAUUAUCAUACAUUGAGCGCAUUUCACGUGCUGAAGCAGCGUUACAUACAGCUGCAUUAUCGUUUUCAUGCUCUCUUAAUUUACUUCAUCUUUUAAUGAUGUUAAAUGGUAAACAUUUACCAAUCGAUGGUUAUAUUGUUGACUGCUCUGGUCAGACCGUUACGGAGCGUUUCAAAUGGAUUUUAUCAACGUUCGUACGAUUGGAUAUAAAUGCUGAUAUAACAGCAAAUGAAUUGAAGAUUUUGUUACGUAAUCAGUGCGAGAAUUUUAUUACUAAUACACGCAUGGAAAAUAUCGAUGAAGAAUUGGAGGAUGAAGAAAAUGAAAACGAGAAAAUUAGUGAACAAAAUAUAAAUCCGUUAGUCUCGGGUUCCAUACCAUUCAUUCGAAAUACCGAAUAA